GGCAUGAGUACCACUGUGUCCCUUGACAAUGCAACAUUUAUUCGCCCCUCCAACUUUUACAUCAGUGGAUUGUACAACAUGCCACAUGCAAAGUAUUACUAUAUGUUUUUAUGCUUUAUCUACGCUGUAACUGUUUUAGGGAAUUCUUUUAUUAUGGGUACUAUAUACCUGGCACGGACUCUGCAUACAGCCAAGUAUAUAGCUGUGUUCAACCUGGCAUUUUCUGAUCUAUGUGGAAGCUCUGCUCUAAUUCCAAAGUAUGCAGAAAUGUUUCUGCUUGAGAACCAGUAUAUACCUUAUGAAAACUGUCUGGCAAGUAUGUUUUUUGUUUUUCUUUUUAUGACCAUGCAGUCAUAUACUCUACUUGCUUUGUGUUUUGACAGAGUAAUUGCUAUAUGUUUUCCUCUAAGGUAUCAUGCUAUUGUCACUAAAACCACAAUGACUCUGAUCAUUGGUGUUAUGUGGGUUAUCGCUGUGUGUAUCAUCACUAGUAUGGCAGCUCUGCUUACUAGAUUGUCCAUCUGUAAAACUACCACAAUUAGCAGCUAUUUCUGUGAUCAUGGUCCCAUCUACAGAAUAGCCUGUAAUGAUUAUUCUCCUAAUUACAUGAUGGCCAAUGUCUAUACUGCUCUUGUGCUUUGCAUUCCAUUGAUACUAAUAGCUUUCUCAUAUGUUUGUAUUGGUGUUGCAUUGCUUAAGAUUUCACAUGGUGCUGAGAGAAUUAAAGCUAUGAAAACCUGCACUUCCCACCUCAUAUUAGUGGCAAUGUUCUACCUACCAAUCUUUAGCAUUUAUAUGGUUGCUAUCACAACAUACCUACAUCCAAAUACUAGAAUAAUCAACUCAGUCCUAGCACAAACAAUUCCACCCAUGUUAAACCCCAUCAUAUAUACUCUGAAGACAGAGGAGGUAUUGCAGUCUAUUAAAAUACUCUAUAAACGUGUCAAGGUGAACUUUGCAAUAGACAAUCCUGUGCAAAGCAUUCUAAAGAGUUAA